AUGGACACCUCCGACGGCGAGGCUACUGCCGCCGCUGCCGAGACCAAGAAGAAGACACCCAAGACAGUGGCGGCCAAGGGGAAGGCGACGGGGAAGGGGAAGGCGGCUGCCGGCCCCAAGGCGUCGCCCAAGGAGAGCAGACUCCUCAAGCAGAAAUCACCCGCCGAAUUCUUUGCGGAGAACAAGAACAUUGCCGGAUUUGACAAUCCUGGUAAAUCCCUGUACACCACGUUGUGGGAGCUAGUUGAGAAUGCCCUUGAUUCCGCUGAAUCCAUAUCAGAGCUCCCUGAUAUAGAGAUUACAAUAGAAGAGAUCACAAGGACCAAGUUCAACACAAUGAUAGGGCUAGAGGAUCGACAGCGUGUUGACGAGGCACUAUAUGAUGAUUUUGAGUCAGAAAAGGAUCGUGAGAAACGCCUGGCCAAGGAAGCACGUUUCCAAGAAACUCAAGCUAAAAACGCUGCACUUGGGAAGAAAGUUAAGGAGGCUCCAUCUGUUCAAGGAAAAGGUCAGGGUGAGGCUGCACUUUUCAAAGUGACUUGCAAGGAUAAUGGUAGAGGUAUGCCACAUGAUGAUAUCCCAAAUAUGCUUGGGAGAGGAAGUAUGGAGGAGAUCGAGGAACGCGAGAGCGAGCUAGGGCUUGGCGGGCAGGAGCCGUGGUGGCUGCGGCAAGAGGAGACGAUGAACAGUAACGUGGCUGGGCACCCAAGGGAGACGUCAAAGAUCCUCCAUUAUAUGCGUCAGAUGGCAGUCAUCACGCCAUAUGCUCAGUUCCUUUUUAAAUUUCUAUCUGAUGCAGCAGACAAAAACUUAACAAUAAAGUUUGCACGCCGGACAGAUGUUAUGCCUCCUGUUCCACUUCAAACAAAGCAUCACCCAUCUGUGGUCGAUUUGUUACUGAUAAAACGCUUAGUUGCAGAGACUACAAAGCAAAAUCUUUUACAGUUUCUACAACAUGAGUUCGUGAAUAUAAGCAAACCACAUGCUGAACGUUUAAUUGAUCAAUCUCCCCCAAAACGGCCACGCUAUGAUAAGGAAGAUGAGGAACUCCUUGAGAAGGUAAAUUCUGAGGAGGUGACGGAGAUGACAUUUAGAGACUGCUUGACUCAGCAUGUUGAACAGGUCGACUAUGAAAUGGCACUGGGCUAUGCCAUGCAGAGUGGAGUAAGCCAGGAGCCCCGAGAAGCAAUAUAUUUGAACUCACUUGAAGGAUCUUACAAGUUUGUCGACUUACAGAGUCUAGUCUUCGUGUUCAGAUUUGUUCCUUGA